GUGAGGCGCCGGGCGCCUUCUUCGUGCCAGCCGUUGAAGGGAAGCCCAGUGAGCGGCGUGGGGAGGUGGCGGGCUGAGGGAAUGGCCUUGUGGCGAGGAGAACGGUGUUUGUGUGUGGGGGUUCCUCCCUCGCCGUCCAGGGAGCUGGAAGAGCCGGGCCGGCCGAGACCGGCUUUUGAGGGCUUCAGGCGCCCCUUCUCCGGCCCUCUCCUCAGCCUCCUUGCCGCCUUUUCGACAAGGCCCAAGCGGGGGCUGGCCGAAACCCAGUUCCCCUCAGGAGGGGCGCGUCCCUUGGCUGGCUGGGGGAAGAAGGGAAAGGAAGAAAGAGGUUGAGCGCCGCCGGAAUCCGUCUUUCUUCCAAGGAGCUCGAGGCGGCAUAGGCGGCAACGGGAUGGGGGUGUCCGUCCAUGAGGUCUCUCAUUCAGUCCCAAUGGAGAAACUCCUGCUCGCUUUACUUCCGCAUCGUGGUUUUUUAUCAAGGGGCAUCAAACGGAUUCCCGAGGAAAGACGAGACGAGAUUUCCCCCUGCUCUCCUUUUCAUGGGUUUUAGAAAAUAAGGGACAACCCCCUCCCCUUUUUUCACCCCCGAUUCUUUUCCCUAUUACUGAACAUAUUUCAUGCUAUGGCUGAUGAAGUUGAUUUCACCACUGGAGAUGCUGGUGCUUCUGCCACCUACCCAAUGCAGUGUUCUGCACUCCGCAAGAAUGGCUUUGUGGUGUUGAAGGGGCGCCCCUGCAAGAUUGUGGAAAUGUCUACUUCCAAAACUGGCAAGCACGGCCAUGCAAAGGUCCACUUAGUCGGUAUUGAUGUGUUCACUGGUAAAAAAUAUGAAGAUAUCUGCCCUUCUACUCAUAACAUGGAUGUGCCAAAUAUCAAGAGAAAUGACUAUCAACUGAUCUGUAUACAGGAUGGCUACCUCUCUUUGCUCACAGAAAGUGGUGAAGUUCGAGAGGAUUUGAAGGUGCCAGAAGGUGAAUUGGGCAAAGAAAUAGAGGGAAAAUACAACGCAGGUGAAGACUUCCAGGUGUCCGUAAUGUGUGCAAUGAGUGAAGAAUGUGCUGUGGCCAUAAAGCCUUGCAAAUAGGACCAUCUAGACUUGAGCAGCUGCUUGGGUCCCAGCAAUCACGGAUCUUAUAUUUUAGUUCUGAUUAUCACCAAAGCUACAACCUUCACUAGCAACCUCGUGUCUUUGUUUGAAAAUUAGCGCUGGACUAAUGUUGCAAGCCAUUUGGCGAUACUAGAAUUGCUGAAGCUCAAGUGCUGACAGGAAUGGCAAGGCAGUCAAAACUGUCAUUUUUAGAUGGUGAGGUAUUAAAAACUAGUAUGCUUUGCUCAACUGAGGCUAUAUAGCAGUGCCAAUACCAAGAUAGAACUAAGUUUGGGUUUAAAUAAGAAUAGUGUGUAAGUACAACAUUUUAAACAAAUGAAAAGAACCAUUUUAUCUUAAAUAUGGUGUAAUGUGGCUUGACUAACUUGCAUAUAGCCAUUAAGUUAGGGGGAAGGGAACUCAUGGAGUCAAAGUUUUGCCAGUAUAAUGACUAUGUACAACAAAACUGUACAUCUCUGCAGUCUUACUGGCGUACUCUUAAUGUGUCACCAUUUGCCUGUGAUGCAAACAUCCAGAAUAUUGGGUGCUUUCAUAUUCUGGUUAAUAGUGCUCAAAUUUCUGAUGGGGAAAGGGUGGGUGGGAAAUUCACUAGAGGCCUUUGAUUUCAACAUGGAGUCCAGCUAUUCUUUAGUUUAAAAGAAGGGCAUGCCUCAAGUGUUUCAGUGUUAAGUAUACCUGUUGAGGAUUUUAUCUCUUUAGUUUUGUAGCACAAGUAGACCUUUGUUUCUUUAUCGAAAUUUGAGCAAAAAUGCACAUGCUGGGAGUCCUUAGAGAGGCUAAAUUUGAAUGCUGUUUCACUCUACUGGGUUUAGGCCAUGAGUUGUUUUUGUAAAGAACUAUAGCAGAGUGCUCUGUCAAAUGCAUAGAGUUACUCUGACUCAAAAUCCUCUCAUGCACGACUUUAUUGUAGAGAACAGGUAAAUGCCUAAUCACUCAUAGAUGUACUGUCUGCAUGAUCUUCCACUUGCAAGCUCAUACUUCUGCUUAAUUAGCAUUUGGGGGGACCUAAUUACUUAAAUUUGCCUUAAAUGGUAGCAACUGAAAAACUUGAACUAGUUGACUGGUUUAUUAAAAUGCAUAGUUCACUAUUGGCAGUUCUUGUGGGUCAAAGAAGAGGGUUUCUUAGUUUCAGUUAGGAGUAUGGUUGCCCAUGGUCAAUGACAUUAGACUAAAGGUAUAAAUAUACUCCCAUAAGGGUCUUUCAGUAGGCUCUAGAUUUAAUUGAGCAGUAUCUAUGCAGAGAAAGGGCACAAAACAGAUUGGUUUGGCAAUAAACACUCUUGAACAAAGCACAGACUUGGUAUAACGAUAAAUAACUAUAUGUUUCAAGAUUCAGGUCUACUAGAAAGCUAAAGUAUUUUAGCAUAUUAUUAAGUUACCAGUUGUGUGAGUGUUGCUGUAUAGUUGAUUGUCAGUAUUCAUGGUAGGGAUGGGAGAACCAAAUAUGAAACAUAGACUCUUUAUCUAGUAUUUUUAGUCAUGGCCAAAUGUUUUAUAGCAGCUAUUCACUGUGCCUAAGCAGUUCAGAUAAUUACUGUUGUCCCACUAUCUGAAGCAAUCUAGUAACAUCUUACUGCUUGUGUAAGAUGUAUGUAGUUUGAAUGCAUUGGGGUAACUGGUUUAUGGAAAUAAAGGGAUUCUAUAUUCCUUCAACUCCACCCUUUUUGGGAAAGGUGAAAUCUUAAUUUCAUCUUGACCUUUAACAGCUUGGAUCUACAAGAUAUCAAGGCUAGAUGGGAAAGGUAGCAUCUGCUAGGUAGGUCAUAUAUAGGACGCCAUUUGGUAUACAGCUGUGCAAUCUCAUUAUUUUAUCAUUAAAACUACAGUAUUUACAAUAAGACAGCAAGAAAGCCAUUUCACUUUGUAGAGGACAGUCUGCUACGAAUCCACUGGGUUUACAAUAAACUUUGCUAAUAAAAGACAAAUGCUGUAUCUUUCAGGUUCUUUAAGCUAUUUCAGGGUAAUCAUGUUUCUCUAAAUCCACUUUUCAAACACUUUCAUUGUUGGGGGGAACAAAUUACAUUUAGUUUACAGGAACAGACUCAAACUCUUUGAACAAACUGUAGACUAAAAUGAAGGAUAAACUGCUUUAUCCUGAUCUUAUUAUGUAAUGGUGCAAGAUUUAUUUUGGGUCCAUGGAUGUUUUUGUUCAGUGUGCUGUAGGGUUGUUUUUUUUUGUCUCAAAUGUUAGAAAUGUCUAUUUUAAACACAAAUAUACCUGUUGAUGUGUUGUCUUGUGUCUUUGUGUUCAACAAAACCACUGCUAGUUGAGCCAUGACUUGAAUAUACUCUUCUCAGGGCUGCUCUUGUGAAGAAUUAAAAGAGCUUGAGUUGAUUAUUUUAACAAAGCUGCUUGAAAGUCUUACAGGGUUUUGUAUUCCAUGGAUUUAUAGCAUGCCUACGAUGCAAGUAGAAUUCUAGUAUAUUUGAAUGUUAGUCUAAAGCAGUCAAACAUUUUAACCAAGCUGCUUUUGUGACUAGUUGACAUAAUUUGACUGCAGUAAGCUUUAAAUAUUGGAUCAUCAUGUAUCUGAGGACUUUAAUAAAACAAGCUGUGCAUAAAUGUUCCUUUCUGUGUAAAGUACAAGACUGUCAAACGUUAUAAUGAACCUGUUUCAACAGAAUAAUUCAUACACUGAUCUCUGUGGCUUUUUACUUACAUUGUGAUAUCUAGGCUUUGUAGGAAUCUGAAUUCUCAUCAGUGACUGUUCCAUUGAAAACUGGACAUGUUACUGUAAACAAACAAGGAACAGAUUUUUGUAUUUGUCACAUGUGGAUGUUCAGAUACGUAUGCAAUUUACCUACUGGCUAGUAAAUGGGUGCACUGCUCAUUGAGUGACCUUGACUUUAAAAGAAAAACUUGAAAGGUUUGUACUUUUUUGCAUUUCUGUAACAGUAAGGUAUUCAUGUGUUAUAAAAGUUCUUGGCUUUUAACUUUUAUUGAAAUGUUGAGUUAUGAUCUGGGAUAUGGUAAUGAGAAUAAAGUCUAAACCUAAAGGCAA